AAGCGCGUCGCCGUCCGACCGGCGUGGUGGCCUGUCGUACAUAACUUAAGUACCUCGGCUCGUUGCGCAGUGCUUUUAUCAUCCUCUGAGUCCUCCCCAUACCCCAUUCUACCUGCAGCAAUGUCAAGUACCACGAACACGUUUGUCAAGUCUUUCACACAUCUAAAGGAUAGACCAAAGGCAGAUCAGGCUCUGCCUUUGCUUCAGCGCAUCGCAUCACUGGUGAAGCCGAUUAUGCGCAAGCAUAGCUGGAUGCUGCCCGUUCUCUCGGAAUUCUUUCCGGAAAGCCCAAAUCUAGUAGGUCUGAACAUCAAUGCAGGACAGAAGAUCUUCUUGAGACUCCGACCUGCGCACGCGCCUGAUACGUUCUACGACGAGGAAGACAUCGUUCACACCAUGCUGCACGAGCUUACGCAUAACGUACACGGUCCUCACGACGAGAAGUUCUACAAGUUUCUUGCGGGCCUAGAAGAAGAGUACUAUGCGCUCAAACGGUCGGGGUACGCGGGAGAAGGCUUCUUCUCGAAGGGCCAGCGACUCGGCACCAACGUCUCGCACGACCUGCCGCCUCAUCUAGCUCGCCAGAGGGCUCUCGAAGCUGCAGAGAAGCGGCGCCAGAUAAGUGCCAUUCUCGGUGACGGAGGCAGGUUGGGCGGCGUAAGGGGCACUACCAACAAGUCUCCACGCCAGUUGGCUGCAGAAGCCGCAGAGAGGCGUGCACGCGACGAGAAGGCAUGCGCUUCCGGUGCAGUCGCGCAGAAGGAAGUAGAGAAAGCCGCGAAAGAGAGCAUCGAGGACAGGGUAAUCGACCUGACAGCCUCCGACUCUGACCCGGACUCGGACGUUGAGAUCGUGGAUGGACCCAUCGCUGGGCCUUCCAAGGUAGUUGCCUCCACGACCAAGGCAGCAAACGCAGCGAGGACGCCAUCGGGUAGGACGUCAACGACGACCACGAAACGCAGCAGGCCCAUUGUGUUCACACCGUCGGCGACCCCCGCGUCUGGUAUCGCAGUAGAUGCCUCGUCUACGAAGUGGUCUUGUACACAGUGCACGCUCGUGAACGAGGCAGAGGCAUCUCGAUGCGCAGUGUGUGACUUCGCACGACCGCGGCGUCCUCCCUCAACCAGUAGCACCCCGAGUGCCCCAGCCGCGACUACCACUGACGAGUGGGCUUGUCCACGAUGCACACUCAUGAACGAUGCAGAGCGCUUCCGUUGUGCAACAUGCGAUGCACCACGUCUCAAUGUCAAGCGGGAGCCUGGAACCGACGGGUGGACGUGCACUGUUUGCGGCGAGGGAGGAACGCCUAAUGAUUUCUGGAGUUGUGGCUUUUGCGGAAGUAUCAAGACGCAGAGUUAGGUUUUCCGUGUAAUUUGGUCAUGGUACAUGUUUUCUGUCCCUUUUAUUGGAUUAUUGUACAUUUGCAUGUUUUACCUACGACGCUGUAUUCUGUACAGUCUUAUUUCUUGGUCUUCGCUUCGUGGCACUGCCAGUAUCCCUUGUCCGACUAGUUCAGUCGAAAUGUCCAGCAACUCGAGUGAGUGCUCUG